AUGCUCGCUCUAAAGCCGAUGCGCGGCGGAGAUGGAAUUGUCUCUCAACGAACCAUUCUUCCAUCACCGACAUCAACGAAAGGUCGAGUAUUGUAUUGCCGAAAAUGUGAAGGGCAUGGGCAACAACGAAUUCUGAAAGGACACGCGCCAUUGUGUCCUUACAUCGAUUGUACAUGUAAAUCGUGUGACCGUUUGAUGAGAAUGCGUAAAAACGCGUUUGUCCGGCGCUACAAGGAGAGUCUCGGCGAGGAUACGCAGAUUAAACUCGAGUUGACACAACAGAACAACUUGACAAGGCAACGAUUUCGACCAGCUGACGUAAACUCUGAAGAUCUCUCGGAUGAAGAUGAGAUCGAAGUGGAUCAAAUGGAUGAAAUCGAUUCCCCACCAUCAACAGCAAUGAAUCAACAAUCUUUUCAGAGGUCUCAACUCUUCUCGAAUCCACAAAUGUCUGAGAGAUUUUCAAAAGAGGGACUUUUUGUGACUGAACAAGGGACAGUUUGGAGGAGGUCGAGUACACCGAUCGACGCCAUUCCCAGCAAAAAGCUUCGUCUCUCUCCGAGCUCCGUUUCGUCUUUCGGCCCCCUCUCAGCUCCUCUGCCCAAUCAAUUCUCCCAAUUCUCCCAAUUCUUCCAUCCAAUGCUCAACACAGCAUCAGCUUCAAUCGGCUUGACUCCCCUUUCAUCGCUUCCACCAAUCACUCAUCCAACUCCCAUUCAAUUCUCUUUCCCCACUCCAUCCUCACCAAUCGAUACACCGAUUUUAUCAAAGUCUCAAUCACAUGUUGUUGAAGAAAAGAUGGCAAGAAGCUCAAGAAAAACUAGCGCACCUACCGUAAUCCAAGGAAUCGUCAAUUUAAAGGCCGCUCAAGAUAAUCCUCAAUGGGAAGCUUUUCUGAAAGAGGUGGCAGCAACGGAGGAACGAUUGAGAGGAGAA